AUGCCGUCCGAGACCUUCUUCAGCACUCUAGAUGCCCGUGGCAACCCAGCCGCCGAUUUCCGAUCCACAGCGCUCCCCAAACAUUACCACCGCUCUCGAACGAACAAGAGUCGUGCCCAUCACAAGCAACCUCCCGGAAAAUACCACCGCCAGCAGACCACCAAACGCACAAUUCGCUCCGACCUCUUCCGCGAAGAAUGGAUCAGCGACUUGGACUGGUUCCGAUACGAGGACUGGUGCUUUGACCAUAAUUUGCAUCUUGACUGGGAUGAUAUGCACUGGCAUCCGGAUGAGUCGGAGGCCGAAGACGAAGGACAUGCUAGUGAGGGAGAAGAGAGGAGAAUAGUGGUGGCAGGUAGAACCGGAGCGAGCCGGGCGGGAGAAGAAAGAGAGGUCCAAUGGAACUGGCAUCGCCUUCUUGAAGGUGGACCCUGGUAUGCGACGGCGUGGGGAUGUAAGAGCGGAUGGUGCUCAUGUGCGAAGUUUCGGGGUGAGGACGUUGAAGAGAGGCGGGAGUGGUGGGAUGGAGGGUGGGAGGGGUGCGGCGAUGAGGUGGUAGAGUCGGAAGAGGAAGAUGAUACGAACAGUGAAAGAUUAGUGGAGGACUGGGAUGUGGUGUCCCUCGCGUCGUCUGCAUGGACUGAGUCGGAGAGCGUUGAGCCUGAGCUCGAUGUUAGCUUAGCCGGAUAG